GACCGUCUCUAACUGAAGAGUCUAAACAGCCCGUACUGCUGUGUACCUUGCCCCUCCACAGUACCUGCCUGAGCCAGGACGUCCAGAGGUCCAGCAGUCAUGAAGUACCCCCCAGAUACUGGGGAUGGAAUGGAAUUUCCGCGAUUCACCUUCAAUCCAAAAGAGGGAAUCGACAAUCCAGCUUUGGUCAUCUCAGACGACCCCGAAACAGACCCUAGUCCAGCACCCCGCCUGUGCCACAUUAAAUGCAAAGAGGGCCAGAGUUUUGGCUUCCGUCUGCGUACAGAGAAAGGCAUCCGGGGCAAUGUAGUCCAGCAAGUAGAUCCAUGGAGCCCAGCCGAGCUCAGUGGGCUCAGGGAAGGAGACCACGUGCUGGAGGUCAACGAAGACUUUGUCGACAACAUGGAGUUCUCCAGGGUAGUGACAAAGAUCCAGGUUUGCGGGGUGCAGGUGUUCCUCCUGGUCUUGAAAAAGCAGGAGUAUGAGGAGGCCCUGUCCCAGGGACUGGACCUCCAGGCCCUUACCAGUUCUUACCGAGGAGAGACAUGUUCCCGACCCAGGCUAUGCCACAUCACCAGAGACCCUGGCUUAGGACUGGGGAUCAGCAUCAGCCCCAUAGAAGGUCAGAAAGGCGGAUACGUGUUGAGCACCGUUAGAGACGGUCCUGCAGAAAGGGCAGGGGUGCGUGAUGGGGACAGGCUGGUGUGGAUCAACGGUGCCGUGGUGUCAACACUCACCUUUUCAGCUCUCAAUAAAAUGGUGAAGAAGUGUUCUGCACAUGUGACCAUUCUGGUGAUUGACAGUGAAAGUGAAGCUAGCUAUACUCGGCGGAAACUGCCCAUUUUGCCCAUCAUGGCCGGCUCUCACAACCUACCGCACAGACCCAACACGCUGCAUCUGGUCCAGGAUUCAGAUGGAUACGGCUUCCUGUUACGACAAGAAAAGAUGCCGUCUGGGCGUGUUGCUCACCUUCUCCGUGAGGUGGAUGUAGGGAGCCCAGCAGAGCAGGCUGGCAUGCAGGACGGGGACCUACUGCUGGCCGUCAAUGGGCAGCCUUCGGAGUCCAUGGAGCAUGAGGAGAUUGUCAGGAGAGUGAGGAAGAGUGGCAAGAGUGUGAGCCUCACCACCAUCCCUGUAAACGGAAGGCAGUUUUAUACGCAGUUGGGUUUGUCUCCCUUGCUGUUCCAUGAGGAUCACCGGUCAGAAGCGGAGGGAAUUAAGAGGACACUGUUGCCUUGCACUGACGUUCAGAAUGAGCCGACCAAAGACAAUCAUGGUUCACUUCCCUGUCCAAGGUUAUGUGUCCUGGAAAGAGAAGAAUCAAGUUUUGGCUUUCAUUUGGGCUGCGUUCAGCACAAGCUAGGAACUUUCAUAGGACAGGUGGAGACAAAGGGCUCAGGGCACAAGGCUGGACUAUGGGAAGGGGAUGUAGUUGUGGAAGUGAAUGGGCAGAAUGUGGAGAAUUUCCACUUUGAGGACGUUGUGAUGCUGAUAAAGAAGAGUGAGUCGUUGUUGAAACUACUGGUUGUGGAGAGGUCAGGGUAUGAGAAGCUCAAACAGAGUGGACUUCCAAUCAUUCCUGGGGUCAUUCUCCAUAGCAAUCAGGUUUCGGGGGAAAUGAAUGAUGCUUUCUUAUGAUGGAAAACUUACAAAUAUUCAAAAUUAUCAUCAAGAGAACAGGCAUCUCCCUGGACCUAACACUGGACGGCCUGGCACGUACAAGAUAUAACUGCAGUUAUUGAUUCCUGUGACAAUGGAAGAAAUCUAUGAAAUGAUAGAUGUUCCCUUUUCUUCUGUAUGCAACCCAAAGAAAAAGGGCUGAAAUAAACAUUAAAUAAACAGCUGCCCAAAAUGGCACCCAAUUCUCUUUAUAGUGCAUUUAUUUUGGCUAGAGUCAUAGACUUAGAAUUAGUGUCUGCUUCCAUCUAAAACAUGUAAGAGUAUUUGCUGAAACACUGAAAAUGUUCAGAGUAGAUUGCACAGGUUUGUUGAUGUAUGUCUCAAGCAAUGUGUAAAAGUUGCAUAAUGAAGUUCAGGUUUAUUUUACAUGAAAACAAGUCAAUAAUCCAUUAUCAAUAUUUUAUGCAACAACGAUAUGGCGUUGAACAUCAAUAACCACUUAACAAGCCAUACAGUUGCAUAGGUUAUCAUAAUGUGUAUAUCUACUUUUAGUAUAGAGAACAUUUGUUUAUUUUUUGUGUUAAUUUUUUUUUUACUUGUAUAUAUGCUGUAUAAUUUAUGUAAUUAAAUACAAUAAAGUCAAAUUCCUUCCCAA